AUGGACAAAGACGACGGAAACGUGAAGUACGUUUUGACCGGCGAGGGGGCGGGGUCUCUGUUCCUGAUCGACGAGAAGUCCGGAGACAUCCACGCCACCAAACGGCUGGACCGCGAGGAGAAGGCCAUGUACAUCCUCCACGCCAAAGUCCUGGACCGCACCACGCUGGCAGAACUGGAGCCGGACACGGAGUUCAACAUCAAGAUCCACGACAUCAACGACAACGAGCCGCGAUUCGCCAAAGACGUCUUCUUCGCCAGCGUUCCAGAGAUGUCCGAAGUGGGUGAGUACGGAGCGGCUUUGUGGCAGUUUACGGUUAGCAUCACCACUCAGACAAACUCGGACAAGCUCGGACAGAAAAAGAAGUGCGUCUGGUAG